AUGGAUGCGCAGCCAGGCGAGACCGACACGUACAUCAACGCAGCAGAAGCGAAACGUAUACACCAUUGUGAGACCGUGCUGCCUCUUUUACCGGUUCGUUCGAGCUCCAACAGGACUUCGACCGCGGCAGGAGGCGUCUCGACCGUCACGACUCGCGGUCCCGAAGCUGCAGCGCCUCUCGCGCCGUCGUCCGUGUCUUUGAAGGACCAAUGGCAGCAGAAACGCCACGUGUGUGAGAGGUUGGAUUGUGGCAAGAGCUUUGAUUCCAAGUGGGCCCUUAUUAGACACAUUCGAGUUCACACGGGCGAGAAGCCAUUUCCAUGCACGUAUCCAUCGUGCGACAAGUCGUUUGCCGAGAAAUCUGCGAUGACGCGUCACUUGCAGACACAUUCGCGCGAUAAGCCAUACAAGUGCACGUACGCUGACUGUACCAAGAGCUUUAAGGGCAAGGACUAUUUAGAGUUCCACCUCAAGAUCCACGCUGAAGGCAAUCCGUAUGCGUGCGACCACCCCAUGUGUUCCAAAACGUUUUGUAGCCCGAAGAGUCUAAAGAAACAUAUCAGGUUGUGGCACAACCCUGGCGGCAAAAGUACUUCGAUGGAGCAGCAGCUUCGGGAACGCAUCAUCAAGAUGGCGACUCGCAGCAAGGAGAAGACGCGCAAGUUUGAGUCGACGAUUCGGUCUCUAAUGGAGGAGAACGAGGCACUAAAGCGAAAGAUAUUUGACCUUGAGAGUUGCCAACAGCGAUUGUGA